CUCUCUAUAACAUACUAACAGUUAACUUAAUAGUAAACAAAUCCUUUAAUAAGGCUUCAUUGCAAUUCCACCUCGAAGCAUCAGAUCAUGUCACUAUGGCUUGAGCAUAGUCGUCGGUAAAAGGGACCAACGUUUUAUACAUGUACACAAUAUAAAGAUUUGUUUCUGACUGAAGACUCCUAAUUCAACUCAAAAAGAAACACUACUAAAGUUCCAGUCCCUCCGCGAGCACAACAAACGUUUAGCAGUAAGUGAGUUGGCGGAAGUGAGCGUAACGUCGUUUGCUUGCGCCGGAAGAAGUGAAGUCUACGGCUGCUUCACGUGUAGCCGGCUGAGGCGAGACUCGCGCGUGUUUAUGUUGGUGGUGCUGUCAAGGCGGAGAAGCAAUAGAAACAGCUUCAGGGUUUUCUGAUAUGUCCUUAACGGUGCUGGCAGGGUAAAUGUGAUAUGAAUAAAGUAAGCCAAUGGGUCACAGCGAUGGCUUCAGAGACUCCUGGAUCUACAGUGUCACUGCUUGGACAUGGGUCUAUUUUAGAUAAAUCUUCCCUCCACACAGUGGGGUGCUUGGGAAAAAAUGUUGACCUCAGUGCAGCUCCUGAAGGUGGAUAUUGCCCUGUAUGCGAGGCCAAAGGUCAGCUGCAAGCUCUCCGGACUUAUCGCAUUAAUUUCACUCAGUCGAUAUAUCUCUGUGCUAAUCCACAGUGCAUAUAUCCCUUGGGAUACACACCUCUGGAUAACAUAAUUGCAAACACAGCUGAUCUAAAGAAACACCAUAGCCCAGGCAAGCCGAAGAAGCGGCAUAUUUUAGAUAACCCUGUAACAAUUAACUCUGCGAAGAAGCACAAGACUGAUACUUUCAUCUCUGGUCAAUACAUUUCAGAAAGCCUAUUUUCAUCUCCACGAAUUGUAAGCUACAAAUCAGUGUUUCCCUGUGUGCCUAAAGAAUCUCGAACAAGUGUACCUGGCCUUUCAGAGAAUAGUCAGAAAGAGAGAAGUCCACAGCCGUAUGGAAUGUACGGAGUUUCCGUUUGCAAAUCUGAAUCUGCUCUAUGGGACUUUUCAAAACAACCUGGUCACUUGCAACAUGACUUCAAUGAGUUUCACAAAGGAUCUGUACAACAUCAAGUUAUGGGAAUGGCCACUGCAUCAAUGAAUGGCCCCUCUCCUUUAAAAUUGAAUGCACCUGCUACUAAAGAUCCAUAUACACUAUCGCAACCUGUGAUUGCUAUUAAUGAUCCACAAACACGUAUAAACCAAAAGUCAGAGGCUGGAAUAUCUGGGGUUUUAAAUGGAUAUCCAAAGGCUGAAGCUGAUAUGGGCUGUUCAUUGUCUGUCCUUAGCACUUGUGCACCUCUUUGCGACCCUGGUUUAAGAUCUCUAACUCUGGUACAUAAACAGAGUGAUAUACCAAGUUCCUCCUACAGUGGCGUUUGUCUUAAAGCAGCACCAGAGGCACCUCUAUUAUUAGAUGCUGCCUUGUAUGACAGCAGUGAGAAAGUGGUACCAGAGGAAAGCUCGUUGUUCGAAAUUAACUUUUCAGAAACCUGUAGUAAAGUACAAGAUGGUGAGAAAUGUUUGCCUUCAUCCACGUUGCCUAGAGAAAAUUCUCCAAUGGAAGAGAAUGGCCUGAAAGAUAAAUCCGGUUCAUUCAUCAAAAAUGCUUUACUUGAGAAAGUAGAACCAGAGGGAGUACCGUUGCUGGAAGACAAUAAAGGUCAAAUUAUAGUUGAAACAUCCGCAUGCAGUCAAUUGUCCAUAAUAAAUGAAAUGUCUAACCUUCAUAGAAAAAAUAAAUCUUCAGAUUCGUGUCAGCCCGUCCGUGAGAAUCAUCUUGAGCUUCCAAGAGAUGGAAAUGAUGGCAAUGUGUACCAUAGUACAAGCAAUGUUAAUGCUGUUGUGAAUUGCAGUGAUGUUAAGAGCCUGCUGCUAACUCCACUGCCAGAGGUUAUAGCUACAGAACUAUCCAAGAGCAACAGACAAAGCACUUGUAAACCUCAAGGUGUGCCUCUUCAGCAGUGUAACCUUUGUUCUGAGCAAAAAGACGAAGACAUUACAUUGAUGGAGUUGCCUAACUCUUUGCAUAGCGAACCAGCUGAGGAGGAAGAUUGUGAAAAUAAAAUUUCAUAUGGAAGUUCAUUAUUGAAUGUGGAAACUAUAUCUGACUUGUGUAAGAAACGAAACAAUCAAAUUCAUUCUUCAUCACAAUCCGUGGAAGACUUGGUUACAGACAUGUCUGAUAGCAACCUGUGCAACGAUAUUGAUUUCAAAGCUGGUACCAAAAUAAGUUUGGAAGAAACUACAGCACCAAGUUGUUCGCAGCCAGAACAGAUUGUGCUGAACAGCCAUCCCAUUUCUGAUCCUGCAGUUACUUGUCUGAUUCGUGACACUGGACCUGAAAUAUUGGUGGAGGAGUCUGGUCCAAUUUCUAAGGAACUCAAUAUGAGCAAUGUAAGCCCAGAUUUAAAUCCAAUGAAAGAAAUGGAUGAUAUGUCUCAGAACAAUGUACUGGCUGAUUUGUUGAACUCUUUAAGCAGUGAAACUUGUAAUGAGGAAGAAGCUAGUGAUAUAGAACCUAAUUCAAGUUCUUUAUCCGAUGGGAAAAGAUUUCCUUUAUAUCACAAAACGAGUAGCCUGACACAUUCUGAGCCUGAAGCAACAGCAAGCACAAUUUUAGCCUCUUUUAGCUCUGUUUUGGAAAGCAGUGAUAGCAUUAAUCAGGAGAAAGCUCCAGUAACCAUUUUUGCACACCCAGAGCAGACUAAGUUGUACAGCCAUGAGGCCUCUAAAACUACAGUCUCCCCUUGUUUAUCUCAUAGUGCUGGAGAGGCAUUACACAUUUCUGAUACACCAGGGAUGGGGUGCAUUCCUGUGUGUGAGGAACCCACUGUUGUACAAGAUAUGAGCAAUGUAAAUCCAUUGAGAGCAUCUCUUGAUACUACUCUGGGCAAUUCAGAUGUUGAAAGAGAAAAGCAAAAUGAGAGCUUUGAAACAGACUGUUCUUCAAUGCUUACUGAUGAUUCCAUCAAAGACCCAAAGGAUGGAGAAGUUGUAGCGUAUUUGCCAAAGGGGAGCUUGGAAAACUUCUGUCUCGACGUAAAAUCAAACUGCUCAGGGAAUACAUCUUCAUCAAGUAUUCAUGAAGCCUUAAAUGAUGCCCUGACAAACCAUUCUGUGGAACAUGGUUCCCAGGAUGCCCUAUGUGAAAAAAAGCUACUCCAGUGGAAAAACACCCUGUUUCUCUGCUGGCUGGACUGCAUAUUGUCUGCCCUGGUGCAUUCGGCUAGCCUGAACAGUAUUGUGGCACAGCAUGAGUCUGCAGAAAACUCACUCAUUCACCAUCUGCUGGAGAAAUACAAGGAGGCCAAUUCAUUGAUACAAAGAACAGGCAAACAAGAACCUCCAAAGAAUAUGUCUCUGGCUGAAAACAUUCUAAAUAAAGUCCGAAUGACCAUCUUUGAUGCAAUAAAGCCCUCCUUAAAAUGUGAAUUGGGAGAUAAAGAGAGCCCUGUGUUUGCUUUGCCAUUACUCCUGCAGCGGGACCCAGAGAUAGAAUCCUGUUUUGUGCACUCUGGUGUAUGGAAAUUUACAUGCAAGCAAUGUGGCUACCAAUACCAAAAUAAGUGCAAACGGACUGUUACUACAUUCACUAAGAUCCUUCCUGAAUGGACACCCUUAAAUGCUAUCCAUAGAUCGCCAUGCAACAACUGCCUGGAUACGGAUCAGAGACGCACAUUUUGUAUAGAAAAGAUCCAUGACAUAUUCAUAAUUCACUUUGUGGAAGGCCUGCCAAGCAAUGAUUUAGGCAUGUACUCGUUUCAGUUUGACGGAUACCUGUAUGAAGUCAGAACUGUAAUCCAAUAUAGAGAAGAUCAUUUCUCAUGUUGGAUUGCUAAAGAGGAUGGUACAUGGCUGGAAUCUGAUGACAUGAAAGGGUAUUUCUGCAUAAAGCAGAACAGUUUUGAGGUUCCUGCUUCAGAAAUGCAUGUUGUAAUGUGGGAAAGGAAGGCUAGCAACGCUACUGGAGCAAACAAUACAAUGGCUCCUGAAACAGAAAACAAAGUACUGAAUUCUUUAUCAGCAUCACCAGUUUCUUUACCUCCGACCCUGCAUCAAUCUGCUUUAGCUGCUCUAAAUGCUGCACCAUCACUUCUAAAACAGACCCCAGAUGCUCCCAACAUACUCUCAGGAAUGGAGGGUUAUCGUGAUGAUGAUAUCAUAACACUGACUGAAAUUCCAAUCGAUGCUUCGGCUAAUGUGAUUAACAACAACUCUGAGGCAGGCCAGCAACAACCAAUUGCCUUUGAUGAACAAUUACAGCCUCCUCUUUCAUCCCUUGUAACCCAGUCUGUCUCUGCCUAUAUUUCAACUUCUGAUGGGCAAUGUGACCAAAAUCCAUGUUCUGGCACCAUGCAGGACAACUCUUUUGCUGAUGUUCUUUCCCCUGCCCCUAGCGGCCCCAGUCUCCCUGCCAACUCCAGUACUCCCAUCCCUAACAGUUUCCGUUCAAAAAAAGCCUUUAUUGGAAGCUGGAUGAAGAGUCUGCAGAAUAAAACCCCGCUGUUCCUGCCAUCUAAUGUGCCCAGUGCAAAUAAGAAGACUCCUCCAAUUCCAGGUCUGCUGCUGAAGACCACAGACUUACAGGCAUCUAAUAAACAGGCCCAGUGCUUUGAUGGUUUUAAAGUUAAGCGUGUCAGUAAUUCAGUCAACUUAAACAAUUAUCUUGGUAUAGGUCCCACAAAGGAUAAUUCUGCUACACCUAAAACUGUUGUGUCUAGCAAAAUAUUCCAGCCCCUCGGCUCAGAUCGACUCAAGAAUGGGCAGAUGGGACUUGGCAAUACCAAAGACUUGGCCAAAAACAGAUCUUUGUCUAAUGAGGAUAAGGUCCUUAGACUUAGACUAAAGCUGCUAAAAAAGCUGAAGGCUAAGAAAAAUGAACUGGCCACAUUAGAUAUGCUUGGAAAGUCACAGGCUGGUAAAGAUCGGAGCAGCCGUCCGCUGGAGUUGAGCAGCGCCAAGAGGCGUGAGCAAUUACGUGGAUACUUCCAUGAACUCCAAGACCAAAUAGAUAAUGCCGACACUGAAUCCGUGUGCACAAUGAGCUCCAGCACGUCGCUAUGCAGCAGUCCAGGAGAUGUGGAGUUCUUUGCAGAAUUAUUCUCACCGCCCCCUACAAAUACUGCACAGCAGGACAGCAUGGAUGACAGUAGUUUUUUAGAGAUGUAUGUAGAAGGUUACAACCCCUCCUGUGCUGAUUAUGGAACCAAUAAAACCGCUAGUAAAGAAGCCUUGCAGAGCACCAUCAGUAUCAGUCAAUUAAGUCCUCGACAUACCAACAGCUCCAGUGUGGGAAACAUCUUCCAUGACAUGCUUUCAACCUCCACAAUGCAAAUGCUGAAUGAGGAAUAUUUUUCACAUUUUGACAAUAUGUUUUAAACUUUGUAUUUGCCUGAAUGACAACAUGGCCCAGAGCUUGGCAACCAAACCCCGCCUCUUCUCCCAAGAAAUAUUUUAUUGCACUUAAAACAUUAUUUUAUGACAAUAGAACCUGAAUAUUGAGAAGAAGAAGCAAUGAACAAAUAAUUGGGGUGGCAAUUAAAUGGGAAAUGUUUCCACUGGUCCAAUAUUUGGCAAAUUUAAAACUUUCUCCAUUCUUCGGCCUAAUGUAAUGGAUAUCCGUGGGUACACUUCCUGCUUUACUUGAAAUGGAUGUUGUUGUUUUUUGUUUUAGGAAAUGUUUUUAGUGUGGAAAGACUUUAUUUGUCAAAUUAAUAUUUUCAACUAUUAAAAAAAAAACCUGCAAAUGUUUGAACUUUU